AGAUGUGGUCCGCUGAUUGAUCUCUGCAGGGGUCCACAUGUGAGACACACUGGAAAAAUCAAGGCCCUUAAAAUAAUUAAGAAUUCCUCUACGUAUUGGGAAGGAAAAUCUGACAUGGAAACUCUGCAGAGAAUAUAUGGAAUAUCCUUUCCUGAUAACAAAAUGAUGAAGGAAUGGGAGAAAUUCCAGGAAGAAGCCAGAAACCGGGACCACAGGAAAAUUGGAAAGGAGCAAGAACUCUUCUUCUUUCAUGAUUUGAGUCCUGGAAGCUGCUUUUUCCUCCCCAGAGGUGCCUGUCUUUAUAACACACUCGUGGAUUUCAUACGAGAGGAGUAUCACAAGCGUGGUUUUACCGAAGUUGUAUCUCCAAAUAUCUUCAACAGUAAACUCUGGGAAGCUUCAGGGCACUGGCAGCACUACAGUGAAAACAUGUUCUCUUUUGAGAUCGAGAAGGAAACUUUUGCCCUUAAACCGAUGAAUUGUCCAGGACAUUGCUUGAUGUUUGCCCAUCGUCCACGAUCCUGGAGGGAAAUGCCCCUUAGACUUGCAGACUUCGGAGUUCUUCACCGAAAUGAACUUUCUGGGACUUUAAGUGGCUUGACUCGUGUAAGGCGCUUCCAACAAGACGAUGCUCACAUAUUUUGCACAAUAGAACAGAUUGAAGAAGAAAUUAAGGGCUGUCUUGAUUUCUUGAAGUCAGUUUAUGCUGUCUUUGGUUUUACCUUUCAACUACAUCUUUCUACAAGACCAGAAAAUUAUCUAGGAGAGUUAGAGAUCUGGGAUCAUGCAGAAAAGCAACUUCAAAACAGCUUGAUUAGCUUUGGAGAGCAAUGGAAUUUGAAUCCAGGAGAUGGAGCAUUUUAUGGUCCUAAGAUUGAUAUUAAAAUCAAAGAUGCUAUUGGGAGGUACCAUCAAUGUGCUACUAUCCAACUUGACUUCCAACUACCCAUUCGAUUUAAUCUUACUUAUGUUGGUAAGGAUGGCGAUGAUAAGAAAAGGCCAGUGAUUAUUCACAGAGCUAUUUUGGGAUCUGUGGAGAGAAUGAUAGCUAUUCUAGCUGAAAAUUAUGGAGGAAAAUGGCCAUUCUGGCUCUCUCCACGGCAGGUCAUGGUUGUGCCUGUGGGACCUACUUCUGAAGAGUAUGCCCAGCAGGUUUGCAGCGAAUUUUUUGAAGCAGGAUUUAUGUCAGAUGUGGAUCUAGAUCAAAGUUGCACAUUAAACAAGAAAAUUAGAAAUGCACAGCUGGCCCAGUAUAACUUUAUCUUAGUGGUCGGAGAAAAGGAGAAGGCAAAUAAUGCUGUCAACGUGCGAACAAGAGACAACAAAAUUCAUGGAGAGAUUUCAGUAUCUUCUGCUAUUGAAAAACUCAAGAAAUUUAAGAGUUUGCAUAUUCCAAAUGCAGAAGAAGAGUUCUGA